AUGCGACCUAUCUCAACAACGCUGGUAAAUUCUGCCUACAGAGCGUUUCGAAUUGCUCCGACAGCACCUCUCGAGACAUCUACCAUCUUUCCGCCAGAACCUGCUAUCGAGGAAGAGCAUAUCCCCGACUACAACCCCCACCAUUUUUAUCCUGCGAAUCCCCCCUCCUCCACGCCAUUGCAGAGCGUCGCCAGAGACCCAGCUCAGUCAAGAGGGUCGUCUUCAUACCGGGGGGCGAGGGAAGAGCAGCAGCAGGAGGGGGAGCAAGAGAAGGGCGAAGGCAAUAGUUGGGAUGAAGACGAGGGACCGCAGCAAGAGAUGAAUGCUGUGGCACCAGUGGUAGCGGCCGAAAGGGCUGGUGGAAGUCCAAGACCGGCCAACAAAGUUAUGCCCUCGUUGCCGAAACUCGCAGACCGCACCUACGACCCGGCCAACUCCAACGAUGAUACAGAUGAUAGCUUGCCAUCGAUCGAAGAGCUCCUGGAUCCGCUCUUGCGAAAGAAGAUUGCGGAGCAGGAUGCCAGGGCACUCGAGACAGGCCGGUGA